UGCCAUUCCGCCUCUCUUAUAUCUACCACGCGCCUCGCUUGCGCAAUUGAGAGACCUGACACGAAGAUCGAGACUUUCCUCCGAUCUCUACACGAACCAUCUACCUCUCAUCUCUCGCCAUUUAUCCAUCCAACACAGCUCCCGACAACACGAUGAACCCCAACUACAUGCCUGUCUCCCAGUCUCCCCUCACCCCAGCCAAGGCUCGUCUCUCCGACCAGCAAAAGAAGGACAACCAUAUCACUUCUGAGAAAAAGCGCCGUGAAGCUAUCCGCGCAGGCUUUGACAAGCUCAGUACACUCGUUCCGGGCAUGGAGGGUCAGGCGCGGUCCGAGGCUAUAGUGCUGGGAGCUACAGUCCAAUUCAUGCAGGACGAGAUCGCGCGCAGGCAUACCGUCACUCAGCUCGCUAUCAACGCGGGCUGGUCUAGACAGCAGGUCGAGGAGGUCUUCAACAGAAUCGAGAACGCUCUUCGCGCUCAGGAGCAGAAUGCAGAGGCGGCGGCGGCCGGGUUGGCUCAGACGCAAUACAAUGGGCAAGGCCAAUUCCAGAACGUCUAUCAAGUGCCACAACCUGUCCAACCUCAGGUCACGCCAUCCACUAUGCCUCAACAACAGCCACCGCAGUCAGCACCAGAACAGGAUGCCAGUCGCCCCAAGAGCAAGUCGCCAGUUCGCACUCCUGAGCAGAAGGAUGCGGAGUGAAGCAGACUGCAACACGGCUAGCUUUGCCCGCAAGAUAUCAUUCCAGCCGCACAGACUGCACCAAAUACGAUCAAACCUUACAACGCAGCUUCUCGCGAUUGGGCCACCCCGAUCAAUCACCAACACGUAUCCGAAUCUCGACCCUUCCCUCGAUUCUAGUCCGCAGAAUCUCAGCAUCUCUGAAGAAAUUAGCAAUUGUGGUCCUACUGCCCCGGAUCUCACGGCAAUCGACAUGGGACCGCCUACCGGAAGCGACUGCAUGCCACCAUGCCUCAGCACGAUGCAUACAAACGCGCGCAUGCACACACUCUGGAUAGGCCAGAGUUCAGCGCAGUUCUGCAUUGCUUAGGCCACCGGACUCAUCGACUCUCUUCGAGCAUUGUAACAAAGAAAUGCAACAAAUGUUCAUUGUUGUCAUGAGGGCUCAUCAAGCGAAGUCGAAUCGGCAUCUGGGAAAUUCUUCUUGUUUCCCGAUUCGGUCAUCUAGACAAAGACAGUUAACACGCAAUCCAGAUUCACCCGAUCC